GUGUCCACACAAAUGGAACCACAAAAUCUAACAAGUGUCUCAGACUUCUUCCUCCUGGGCCUCUCAGAGGAUCCAGACCUGCAGCCCUUCCUCCUUGGGCUGUUCCUGUCCAUGUACCUGGUCACCAUGCUGGGGAACCUGCUCAUCAUCCUGGCUGUCACCUCUGACUCCCACCUCCACACCCCAAUGUACUUCUUCCUCUCCAUCCUGUCAUUGGCUGACAUGGGCUUCAUCUCCACCACUGUCCCCAGGAUGAUUGUGAACAUCCAGACUCACAGCAGAGUCAUCUCCUAUGUGGGCUGCCUGACGCAGAUGUCUUUUUUCAUCCUUUUUGGACAUAUGGAUGGUACUCUUCUGACUGUGAUGGCCUAUGACAGGUUUGUGGCCAUCUGUCACCCACUGCACUACCCAGGCAUCAUGAGCCCACGCCUCUGUUGCUUCUUAGUUUGGGUGUCUGUUUUUGUUAGUCUUUUGGACUCUCAGCUGCACAAUUUGCUUGUCCUACAAGUUGCCUGCUUUAAGGAUGUGGAAAUUUCAAACUUCUUCUGUCACCCUUCUCAACUCCUCAAACUUGCCUGUUUUGACACUUUCACCAACACCAUUAUUGUGUAUUGUGUUGGCACCAUCUCUGGUUUUCUCCCUAUCUCAGGGAUCUUUUUCUCUUACUAUAAAAUUGUUUCAUCAGUUUUGAGAGUCUCCUCAUCAGCUGGGAAGUAUAAAGCCUUUUCCACCUGUGGCUCCCAUCUGUCAGUUGUUUGCUUAUUUUAUGGAACAGCUAUUGAUGGUUACCUUGGAUCAGCAUUGUCGCCAUCUCCCAAGAAGGAUGUGGAAACCUCAGUGAUGUACACCGUGGUCACCCCCAUGCUGAACCCCUUCAUCUACAGCCUGAGGAACAGGGACAUAAAGAGGGCUCUAUGGAGGAUCCUUCGCAGAACAACUUAA